AUGGGGCGACACGCCCCGGAAGACGGGCGAGAUAUCGUACAGACGGGCCCUACGCAUACGUACGCGUGCGUGCAGCCCCGAUGGCGAUACAUGCGCACCGAGGAGAGUGGGACAGCGCGAUCGGUGCCAAGCCCCUUCGAGCGACGACGCUCCCACUCCGAGCCCCCGUCCCUUCCCUCGUCCGCCCUGACACUGGACGGCUUCACAGCAGCACCGCAUACACGCAUUGCGCAAUGGCACGAUGACGCACAGCGUACCGUGCACAACGCACAAUCUGGCAUAAGCCCUGGACCAGGUCACGCCAGCCUUAUUCACGCGUCGAUUGCAACGCGCACCGCACGAAGUGCUGGUUCCCGGCGCCCUCCAUACCGUACACCUGCGGCCGCGCGAUACAAAGCAGCCCGAUUGCGGAUUGCUUCCGCGAGGGUUGGCCCGCUCGGCCUCCGUCAGAUGCGCGUGCGCGGCAAGGAGAUGCCCCAAUCGGCCGCGAUCCAUCCUUGCGCUCCGCCGCGCCGCUCUGCACUCCGCGCUCCACCCUCAGGGCGGCAGCACGGGGUGCGCUGGGUUCAGUGGGAGAUUUAG